AUGCAUCUGGAUCAGGAGAUGAAAUGCCAUGUUAGGAACAGCAAGUUGGUCAGUGAGACUGGAUUGCAGAAUGCAUGGAAGCAAAAAGAAGAUAACAAAGACCGUGUUCCAGUUCACCACUUUGACAAGGGAAAUAAGCAAGAGAUAUCUUCUAAAGGAAAUGUUAUUCAGGAAAGUGACAAAUCCCAAGAUAUUUCUGGUGGCAAACAAAUGCUGAUUAAAGACCAAGGCACUGGUAGUAGCAAGACUUCUCACCAUGACUUUAAGGAUACCAUUUACACUGGGUUCACUGGAAAUGCAAAAGUUGCCCAUGGUAAGAGUGUUAGCAAGGAUCUACCUGACCAAGAAGCACACGAUGUCAUUCUCAUUAACAAAAAUGGCCAACAUGGUAGAAAACAUGCAAGUGCUCCAAAAUUCUGGGUAGUGGAGGAAGAUGGAGAAGAGAAUAAAAUUGUGAAUUCCAUAUACAAUAAGCUUGAGAGAGUUAAGCAUCCUAAAGCACAAGGCAAAGGAAAUGAAGACAUUGCUAAUAACCAAAGAGAUGUUCAAAAUCAAAAUAUUCCAGGAGACCACAGAGCUAUUAGUCAUGUCCAAUAUUCCACUGAUUACUCAAAACUGUCUCUAAAACACAUCAAGUUUCCACAUGAUUUUGAAGGCAGUGGUCAAGGGAAAGAGGACAAUGACUUUUCUUCUUCCAGUAGAGAAAUGGUUGUUCCUGACACAGAAAUCACAGAUGGUUACACAAGUGUUCCAGACCCAGACAAAGCUAAUGUCAUUAGCAGUAACUCUAAACUUCUCAUAGGAAAGGAAGGCAAUAAUGAAGUUUCAGAAAAAGAGGAAUAUGACUUGAAUUCCAAUGGUGGAACUGGAGACAUUGGUGGAACUGAUGUUAGUAAAACACCAAGAAAAGAGAAAAACAUCAUUGAUAAACAAAUUAUAAGAGGCAGUACAAAUUACAAGGAACUUCCAGGAAAUGGAGGCGAUGGUUUUGAUGCCAACACAGGAGAUGCUUAUCAAGAGAGUGUAGGAAUUCGUCACUCUCAAGGAUCCUUGAAAAAGCAAAGCACUACUGACCAACAUGUUAAGAAAGGGAGUAAUGAUAUAAUUGAAGGCAAAGAAAUUUCUAAACAUGGCAAAGAUAAUUCUAAGACAGGUGUAGAAAGUUCUAAGAGAGACCAAAAGACCAAAAAUGAUAAGGAAAAAAAAAUUCACUAUGGCUACAGUAAAGAGAGAAGUAUCACACAAUUCUCUAGUAAUAGCAGGAAAAACCAUUAUGCAGCACAUAGAAAGUUCAGUUCUACCCCUGAACAGAAAAGAUUCUGGGGUCCGAUAAAUGCCCAUUCCCGUAAGAAGUUUAAAUCCCCUAAAAGGAAUGAUAGCAGUGAUUCAUCUUCCAGUGACUCAAGUGACAGUGAUAGUGAUGAAUCCACUGAAUAUUUUCAAGGUGGAAGUGGUAAUUAG